ACGCGCUCGCCGUCACGAACCGGUCUCCCCCUAAAAUCCCCCCCGCACCACACCACGAUUCAAUUGAUCCACACAGGUUUCGCCGAUUCGCCCGUUGCUCGACUCCGACAAUCCAUCCACGGCGGCGCCCCCGGCCGCGCGGCCUCGCCGAUUCGAGCGAGGCUGGAUUCCAAGUGAGAAUCUGCUGUAAUUAGUGCUGAGAAAUGCUUGACGCGUGCAUUAUUUAUUCUGACUUCCGAGUUAGACCCUGCUAUUAACGAGACCGCCCUGGCUGUUGGACAAGAUAGUAUACAGCCGUAUUUAUCAUUGUUACUUUGAUCCUUUUGUAUUGCUUCUACCAUUUAACAUAUUGCAUGAGUCAAUACAGACUCUAGUCACAAGUUCGCCAGCAACAUGGAGGUUAUUGACUUGUCUUCAGAUAGUGAAGAUAGCACUCCUUUGUGCUUAGAUGGAAAAGAAAAUCUUGGCUCUGAUGACCCCAGUGACGGUGCUGUAAAGUCUAUUGUUUUGUUCAACACGCCAUUUGGCCAGAAUAACGCAGCACAGCCAAUCACUUUGGAUGAUGAUGAUUGGUUAGAUAGCACCGAGGCUUCAACCUCUUAUAGGAGCCCUGGAAGUGUUUGUCAUACUGCUCAGGCUGUUUCAGCACGCAGGAUAUAUCCUCUCAUAAGUUCUUCUGUAAUGCUGCAUGAUUCCCCAGAUAGUAACAGCCAGAAGGUUUUGACUGAAAAUGAUGAUGAUGUUGUCUAUAUGUCUACGGUUCCGCCUCAAUCAUUUCCAACCAAUCAUUUAAGUUUAAGUUACAAUGGGAUCAAGGAGGACCUUACUGCAAACUCUAAUUGUCUUGGGAGAAGUGCUGCUAAUGGAACUGGGAUCUCUUCCUCUACAAUGUCAGCACAUUGGAAACUAGCUGUUAACCGCAGCCAGAAGGUCGAAACUGAUAGCGAUAAUGAUGAUGUCUAUGCAUAUGAAGGCCCACGUUCACAGAGGAUUUUUCGUCCAUCAAUGCCGUCUUGGAAUUCAGUUAAUGAUGCUGAACUUCUUUAUGACCCCGACACGCAAAGCCAUCCAAACCUAGAAAACAAGCUUUUUGGUGGUGAUGAGAGAGCUAUAUAUCAUGAAGCCCUAAAGCAUAUCAGUCAGGAAAGAAGGGAAGAAGAUCUGCCUGAAGGUGUUAUGUCAAUAUCACUCCUUAAACACCAGAAAAUAGCAUUAUCUUGGAUGCUUUCCAAGGAGAAUAGUUCACAUUGUCCAGGUGGAAUUUUGGCAGAUGAUCAGGGACUUGGGAAGACAAUAUCAACCAUAGCCCUUAUACAAAAGGAGAGGGUCCAGCAGUCUAACUUCAUGUCUUCUGAUUCCAACAGUAAACAAUCUGUGUCAUUAGACCUUGAUGAGGAUGAUACAGUGAUAGUAUUGGACAAGAAAGAACUGAAGGGUGAACCCUCGGAGAGGCCUGCUAUCAGUCUUGAGCUCAGCGCUAGUCGGCCAGGGACUGCUGUUAAUACAAUGGUUAGUACUGUUAAAGUUGAGCCCAAGAAGACUAGACUGAGUCUACCAUCCUCUGCAUCAAACUCGAAGUCUACUACCAGACCAUCUGCAGGAACACUGGUGGUGUGCCCAGCUAGCAUUCUUAAGCAGUGGGCUAGUGAGAUCUCCGCUAAGGUUACUGAAAGUUCUGAAUUAUCCGUUUUGGUUUAUCAUGGAGGUUCAAGGACUAGAGAUCCAACUGAGUUGACAAAGUACGAUGUUGUCGUCACCACAUAUACCAUUGUAGGCCAGGAAGUGCCCAAACAAGACAAUGAUGAUGAUAUGGAGCAAAAGAACAAUGAAAUAUAUGGGAUAUGUCCAGAAUUUGUUGCUGGUAACAAAAGAAAACGGCCAAAAAUGACCAAGAAAAAGAAACCUAACCAUUCAAACGCUGACCUUGAUGGUGGUGGACCACUUGCCAGGGUACGGUGGUUCAGAGUUGUGCUCGACGAAGCUCAAACAAUAAAAAAUUACCGUACUAAAUCAGCUAGAGCCUGUUGUGCACUAAGAGCAAAAAGGAGAUGGUGCUUAUCGGGUACACCCAUGCAAAAUACAAUUGAUGAUCUGUACAGUUACUUCCGCUUUUUGAAAUAUGAGCCAUAUUCUUCAUAUAGAUUGUUUCACUCUAUGAUAAAGAACCCAAUUUCUAAAGGUGCAAGUCAGGGAUAUAAGAAACUCCAAACUGUCUUGAAGAUAGUUCUGCUGCGGCGCACAAAAGAAACAAUACUUGACGGAGAACCAAUCAUAAAAAUACCUACAAAGACAAUUCAGCUGAAGAAAAUAAAUUUCACACAAGAGGAGCGAUAUUUCUAUUUGGCUCUUGAAGAAGGUUCUCGGGAAAAGUUCAAGAAAUUUGCUGCUGCUGGGACAAUAAAACAAAAUUAUGCAAACAUUCUUGUAUUGCUGCUGCGACUUCGGCAGGCUUGUGAUCACCCUUUUCUUCUAAAGGAGGAUAAUCAAGAAAAUUUGACUGACCCAGGUUCUAUAGAAAUGGCGAAACAGCUUCCUAGGGACACAUUGAUAAAUUUGCUCCAAAAGCUGGAUGCACGACAUCCAAUUUGUUUGAUAUGUGAGGAACCAGCUGACAAUGCUGUUGUAACAACAUGCCAUCAUGUUUUCUGCUAUCAAUGUGUACUUGAGAGAUUAAGUGAAGAGGAUGUCUGCCCCUUACCUUGGUGCAAAAAUAAAUUAAGGGCUGAAACACUUUUCUCACGUCCAGUAUUAAGGCUCUGUAUCUCUGACGAGUUGGAGUCAUAUGCAACAACUAGUUGUUCUGCAGCAGCAGAUGAACCAUCCCCAAUUUGUGAAAGGAGUUACAUCUCCUCAAAGAUCCAGGCUGCCAUCGACGUACUUAAGUCAAUCUUCAACACGCAUGCCCUUACUGAUAGUGAUACUAUCGAAUCAAGUUCAAGCCAGAUAGCUCCUAAGGCAAUAGUCUUCUCCCAGUGGACUGGUAUGCUGGACAUGCUGGGGCUUUCACUAGAUAGCAAUCUUAUAAAUUUCAGGAGGCUUGAUGGGUCGAUGUCUCUCAACAAUAGAGAAACAGCAGUGGAAGAGUUUAAAACCGACCCAGAGGUAAGAGUAAUGCUGAUGUCACUGAAGGCUGGUAAUCUUGGUCUAAACAUGAUAGCUGCUUCCCAUGUGAUUAUGCUUGAUCCCUGGUGGAACCCUUAUGCUGAGGAUCAGGCAGUUGAUAGAGCACACAGAAUUGGUCAGACCCGUCCUGUAACUGUUACUCGUUUUACCGUUAAAGACUCAGUGGAAGAUCGCAUUUUAGCUCUGCAGGCGAAAAAGAGAAAGAUGGUGGAAUCUGCUUUUGGUGAUGACAAAUCUGGUGGCAAUGCAACUCGGCUCACCGUAGAAGAUCUUGGAUAUCUUUUCGACAUAUAGUAGCUGACGACAAGCCUUGGCAUCACUAGAUAAGUAGAUAUGCAAGUUCUUUUUGCACAGGUUUAUGCAGCUCAGCAUGUUUUGAGGCCUUGAGCCUAGUUUUGCAAUGCUGAUAUUGUUGGCACGAUAGGGUCAGUUAGCUUAUGUAAUUAUUAUAGGCCCAUGGUCCUGCCGAUAAUAGUAGUUUUGCACAUGUUCAAAAGAAAUUUUUCUCCAUGAUAUUAGGCAAGAAUUCUGUGACUUUGAUGAUCUGAUUUGCUUAUACUUUAGUUAAA